ACGCGCUGAGUGGCGGAGGCAAGCGAGCAGAGCCGCUGAGGCCCUGGUAGUACGGAGCUCUGCCUUAGGGAACAUGCACUUUUCCAUUCCUGAAACCGAGUCCCGCAGCGGGGACAGCGGCGGCUCCACCUACGUGGCCUAUAACAUUCACGUGAAUGGAGUCCUGCACUGUCGUGUGCGCUACAGCCAGCUCCUGGGGCUGCACGAGCAGCUUCGGAAGGAGUAUGGGGCCAAUGUGCUUCCUGCAUUCCCCCCAAAGAAGCUUUUCUCUUUGACGCCUGCAGAGGUAGAACAGAGGAGGGAACAGUUAGAGAAGUACAUGCAAGCUGUUCGGCAAGAUCCAUUGCUUGGGAGCAGUGAGACCUUUAAUAGCUUUCUACGUCGGGCCCAACAGGAGACACAACAGGUCCCCACAGAGGAGGUUUCCUUGGAAGUGUUGCUCAGUGACGGACAGAAAGUUCUGGUCAAUGUGCUAACUUCUGACCAGACGGAAGACGUCCUGGAGGCCGUGGCUGCAAAGCUGGAUCUUCCAGAUGACUUGAUCGGAUAUUUUAGUCUCUUCCUUGUUCGAGAAAAAGAAGAUGGCGCCUUUUCUUUUGUACGGAAGCUUCAGGAGUUUGAGCUGCCUUACGUAUCUGUCACCAGUCUUCGGAGUCAAGAGUAUAAGAUCGUGCUCAGAAAGAGUUACUGGGACUCUGCCUAUGACGACGAUGUCAUGGAGAACCGGGUUGGCCUGAACCUGCUUUAUGCCCAGACGGUGUCAGACAUCGAGCAUGGCUGGAUCCUGGUCACCAAGGAGCAGCACCGACAGCUCAAAUCUCUGCAAGAGAAGGUCUCCAAAAAGGAGUUCUUGCGGCUGGCCCAGACUCUGCGGCACUAUGGCUAUCUGCGCUUUGAUGCCUGUGUGGCUGACUUUCCGGAGAAGGACUGCCCUGUUGUGGUCAGUGCAGGCAACAGUGAGCUCAGUCUCCAGCUGCGACUCCCAGGCCAGCAGCUCCGUGAAGGCUCUUUCCGGGUCACCCGAAUGCGGUGCUGGCGGGUCACCUCCUCUGUGCCACUCCCCAGUGGGGGUACAAGCACUCCAAGCCGGGGUCGGGGUGAGGUACGCCUGGAACUGGCUUUUGAAUACCUCAUGAGCAAGGACCGGCUACAGUGGGUCACCAUCACCAGCCCACAGGCUAUCAUGAUGAGCAUCUGCCUGCAGUCCAUGGUAGAUGAGCUGAUGGUGAAGAAGUCUGGGGGCAGUAUCAGGAAGAUGCUGCGUCGGAGGGUGGGGGGCAACCUGAGACGUUCAGACAGCCAGCAAGCAGUGAAGUCCCCACCAUUGCUCGAAUCACCAGAUGCCAGCCGGGAAUCCAUGGUCAAACUCUCAGUGAGUUACAGGGUUGGUGAGGUUGACUGCAGGGGCCUCACAGGCUGCCACCCUCUGACCUGCUUCCCACCUCUAUUACAGAGUAAACUGAGUGCGGUGAGCUUGCGGGGAAUUGGCAGUCCCAGCACAGAUGCCAGUGCCAGUGCCGUCCACGGCAAUUUCGCCUUCGAGGGCAUUGGAGAUGAGGAUCUGUAAUCUCAGCUGCCUGGAUGUCUGCCCUCUACCCAAGAGGAGAUUUAUACAAACUUACCCUGUGCCUAUGCUCCCAAGUUGGAGUCUUUUCCUACCCCCUUCCUACUUGUUCUGUUCCCUCUUGGCCAGGGGCCUCCUAACGUACCUUCCCUUUCUUGGGCUGGCUGCACAAAAGAUCACCGUCUCUGUGUCAGAGCUGGCCCUUGAUGCCAAAUUAGCAUUUAGUAUUUUGCACAAAGUCCAAGGGACUGUGGCUGCCUGCCUUGGAGAGGAGCUAGAGCUCUCCGUGGAUUGCUUCUGACUUUUUAGGGCCAGGCCAUGGGCAAAGGGUGGACAGAGGUCUCUGAAUGCUCUGAGCAGCUCCCCAUCAUUAAACACAGCCUGAUUGCCACCUA